AUGUCACCAAUUGGAGAGUCGUCACAGAAUUUGUGUGAAGGUGCUAGGCCUCCAUUUUCCUCUAAAUUGGCAAAGCUGGAAUUUCCACGCUUUGCAUGUGGGGACCCGACAAAAUGGUUUACGAAAGUGGAACCAUUCACGCAAAAGGUCCCAUUAGCUUCUUUUCAUUUGGAAGGUAAAGCUAACCAAUGGUGGCAGUGGUUGCACCGGACAUGCAAGGAAGGGCAACAAGAAGUCACUUGGGAAUCCUUUUGUGAAGAAUUAUGGGCAUGGUUUGGACCCACUGAUUGUGAGGACUUCAAUGAAACUCUUUCCAAUAUUCCACAGCUUGGGUCCUUCCGAGAAUAUCAAUAUGAGUUUGAGAAGCUGGGAAAUCGAGUGCAGGGCUGGUCUCAAAAAGCACUCGUAAGAACCUUCAUGGGUGGACUCAAACUAGAAAUAGCAGAUGAAAUACGAAUGUUCAAGCCUAAAACGUUGAAAGAGGCAAUCAGUCUUAACUCGAAUGCGGGAUGA